AGGGAAUUGAAGUUCGUCUAGUGAAAAGGAGAGAAUAUGAUGAAGAAACUGUUCGAUGGGCGGAUGCUGUGAUAGCCGCAGGAGGUGAUGGCACUAUGCUUCUGGCAGCAAGUAAAGUCUUAGAUAGACUUAAACCAGUUAUUGGCGUAAACACUGACCCAGAGAGGUCUGAGGGGCACUUAUGUCUGCCUGUCCGAUAUACACAUUCCUUCCCAGAAGCCUUACAGAAGUUCUACCGUGGGGAGUUCAGGUGGCUAUGGAGGCAGCGAAUCAGGUUGUAUCUUGAAGGGACUGGCAUCAAUCCUGUUCCUGUGGACCUUCAUGAACAGCAGCUAAGUUUGAGUCAACAUAGCAGAGCCUUCAACAUUGAACGGGUUCAUGAUGAAACGUCGGUGGCUCCAGGCCCCCAGCUUUUGCCGGUGAGGGCCCUGAACGAAGUUUUCAUUGGGGAGAGCCUGUCAUCCAGACUGUCUUAUUCUUGGGCUGUAGCAGUGGACAAUUUAAGAAGAAGUAUACCCACUCUAAAGGGACUGGCUUCUUACUAUGAGAUUUCAGUUGAUGAUGGUCCGUGGGAGAAACAGAAGAGCUCAGGACUCAAUCUGUGCACAGGAACAGGGUCAAAGGCCUGGUCAUUCAAUAUUAACAGGGUUGCUUCUCAGGCUGUGGAGGAUGUUUUAAAUAUUGCACAAAGACAAGGAAAUUUACGUCUUCCAUUGAACAAAGACUUGGUAGAGAAAGUAACAAAUGAAUAUAAUGAAUCACUGCUCUACGGUCCAGAAGAACCAAAAAUACUUUUCAGUAUUCGAGAACCAAUAGCAAACAGAGUUUUCUCAAGCAGCCGCCAGCGUUGUUUCUCCUCAAAGGUUUGUGUUCGUUCUCGUUGCUGGGAUGCCUGCAUGGUUGUGGAUGGAGGAACUUCUUUUGAGUUUAACGAUGGAGCAAUUGCUUCAAUGAUGAUCAAUAAAGAAGAUGAACUUCGAACUGUGCUGCUAGAACAGUGAAGUCUUUUCCCAGAUGACAAAGUUUGAUUACUAGAGCUUUUCCCCCUCUUUCUUAACUACAGAAACAGACACUGGUCAUAAAGCUACAUUUGGGGUUAUUGUUGAGUGAGACUGGUUGCCCUGAGCUCAGAGGUGACCAAGAGAGUGAGAGUUGCACAGUCUGAAUUGCGAUGGGAAGAUGCGCAGUAGUAGAUGGACUAAACUGAUCAGCAUUGAACCUACUGACAUUUCUAUAUAUAUAUAUAUUUUUUUUUUUCAUUUCUAUAUUUUUUACGACUGAGAACUAAGAGUGACAUCCUUUAAAACACAGAGAGGUAAGAAAGGACUUAGUGUUUAGGAUCAGAAAUUUAACUGUACAGGCUUUUAUUUUCCUUCCCCCUUUUCCUAGAUUUGUUAAAUUGGUCAGGUUAAACACUUAAUAUUUGUUUAGCGCAAUUUUUUAUAGUACUUUAAAAAUCAAGAUUAAAAAAAUUGAUCACAUUCAUGGAGAAUUUUGAUAAAACCUCAUAUUGACCUAACUGAAAUAGGUAAAAUGUGUUUUUCAGUGUGCUAGGGAUUUUCUAAUUUCAGUAUACAAUGAUGUUAUGACUAUCCACUUAAAAUUUUCAGUCACUUUUCAAGUUAUAGCUCAGUGUUUUUAUUUUAAAUUUAAGUUGGGUUAUUUUCAACAAUGCUGGGUAAAAUGCAUAUAAACAGGGAAAAUUAUGAUGCUAUUACAAAUAUAUUAAUUACCAGUAGCAAUUUUAAGUCACAGGCAUUGAUUUCUUUUUUUUUUUUUGGAGGGGAGAGGAUUUGAGUUCAAUAGGAUUCUUUCAUCUUUAAAAUUUAUUAAUAUGGAUGAAAGUGCAAAAUGGAUAAAGUGGUUGGCUAAACUUAAAAUAUUUUCAUCUAGUUAGGAAUUAGUGUUGUCAGAAAUAAAAAUAAUUCUUUAGUAAAUUUGCAAAAUACUCACUUUUGUUUUGGAAUUGCCUUACCUAAUAUUAUGGUUCCACGUAGCUCAUAUGCCAAGGUCUUACAACUCAUCAUUGGAUGUUGUGUUCCCAUUAUGCACUUUGUUCAUUAUAAUUACAAAAUUCCUUGAUCUUUGGAAGGUAUUAUUUUUAUAUAACUCUUAAUCUACUUAUUUAAUAAUUAGCCCUAACUUGCCACCCAAAGGUCCUUUUGUUGUCUAAUGACACAGUUGCUAUUCUCGUGCCAUUCCAAGUUUUAUCUUUUUUUCACACUUGCUGGUGAAAGUUGUUGUUCAAUAAUUGACAAGCAUUUACUCAGCACCUACUCCAUGCAGCACACUGUGCCAGGUGCUGAGUGUACACUGAUGAGUGAGACAGACAGACAUUGGUGAAUGAAACAGAACUUUAGUCUAGUGAGCUCUGGAGUAAAUUUUGUGAAAGUUAAGUAAGGUUUGUGUGUUUAAGUUGUGCACUCAACUUUGCCAGCGUUUAUUUAACUUACUGUUCUUAACAGUUCUUAAUAUAGAUGUAAGUGUAGGUGCACUCGUGGUGCGAAUGGUUAAGUGCUCAACAGAGCCAGAGGUUGACAGUUUGAACCCACCUAGAGAAUGUUGCGAGGACAACCCUGGUGAUGUGCUUUGCAAGGUCACAGCCUUGAAAACCCUGUGGAGCAGUGCUUUCCUGCUUGUCACCGCAGUCACUGCCAGGCAGAUGGACACGGCAGCCACUAACACCGACAGGCAAAGUGUAAUUCAGAUUGUGAUGUGUGCUUGGAGGAAUCGGGCUGUCCUCAUUAAAAGUACCUGCAAAGACUUGGGUAGAGUAGAGUUUACAUGAUGUAUCAAUAGAAAACAGUAAAAACUAGUGUUUCCUUAGAGCUGGAGCUAGUUUCUGGGUUGAUUGAAAAGUGACAUGCUAAGACGCCUCUUUAUAAACCAGUGAAAUUCUAUACUGCAGAAACUCCCCCAAAUGGAUUUAAAAUACCUUCUUGGAAAAAGUGCCAACUCUGUUUUAUAUCUCAAGGGCAUCUGAUUGUCCCAAAUGGUACCUGUUAAUAUGUAUAGGUGACCUACUGUAUAGAAUUGUUCCUAAGCCAUGUUUUAAAGUUGUUUUUUGUUUUUUAGAGAAACAAGACAAAAUGUCAUGUGUUCUAUUUGUGAUAUGACGUAGUAUAACAUUUCUGCUCUGGGAUGGGAAUUUAUUUUGUAAGAGAUGAUGAGACACAAAGGCUGUUAAAAUAGCAAAACUGUUUUCAUGAAUGAGUUAACCUUUUCAUGGAAAAUGUAUGUGAAUAAAAGUAAGCCUUUGUUAUCUCUUCCA